AUGCGCGCGGCGCGCCACGAGGUGUUCCAGCUAGGCCUGGAGGGCAUGUCGCGCGAGCGGCGCCGCGACGCCCGCCUGCAGCUGCUGGUGCGGCUAGGCGCCAAACCGCCACCGCGCACCGCCACCAACUACCGCCAGCUGAUGGAGGCGGCCAAGGAGCGGCGCGCCGCCGAGCGGGAGGAACGCGAGAAGCUCAAAAAGAGCGGUCUCGCGCUGCCUAGCGUCGAGAUGCUCAAGGACCUGAAGAAGUUCAAGAAGCCGCGUGAUAAGAACCGCGUGCGCGGCUUCGAUGGCCAGCCGGGACGCUUCAAGAAGGGUGUGCAGAUCGUACCGAGGCGCGUGCGCAAGAGCUGA